CGUCAUUACGGUAGCCGCUGCCUGUGUUGUCUGACGGACUGCAGCCGCCAGCCGGUGUUGCAUUGAAGGACGCCGCGCCGAACAGGACUCGGAUGGUAUCCUUCCCCCCCUGAGUCACGGACCGUAUCGCAGCCAGCCAGAAUCGUCGUGGAAGUCGCACAUUAGGCUUUGACCAUCUUUGUGUCAGCGUCCUGGGAGCUUCAGCGAGAGGACAUCCUUUUUUUUUUUCUACACCUGGCUCUGAAUCGAGAAGGCCCCACGCGAAAUAAAAAGAAGGAGCCUACGCCCCCCCCGUCCCCCGCCAGCUUCUGCACCAGCAUGGCGGACGACCGACAGCCGGAAGACGGUGCCUCCCAGUGGGACCCGGCGGGGGGCCCGGAGCCCAGCGGUACCCACGGCGCCAACGGUUUCUCCUCGUCCUCGUACAGAAGUUGCCAGAGCGCCGGCAGCCACCCGCCCUCGGUGCCCUUCUCUGGCAGGGAGAACGGCUUCAACGGGGAGCUGACGGGUGCCCACGCCGUGACGGCAGAACAAGUGUCCGCCAGGAUCGUGCAGGAAGUGACGGCAGAGGCGGUGGCAGUGCUGAAGGGGGAGCAAGAGAGUCAGAGACUGCCAUCAGUUGAAGACACCACCAACUUACCACCUUCACCUCCUCCUUCACCUGCCGCAGAGCACGUGGCUCCUCUGGAUCAAGAUGUAGGGGAUGAGGAGGAGGCGGGCCCUCUGCGCCGCUUCCAAAAUUCCCGGGAGAGGUGCAAGUUCCUCGCCCCCUCCAUCUCAGUGUCCGUGCCCGAGGACGACCCCUACCACUCCGACGAGGAGUACUAUGACCACCCCUUGUUCAGCCCCGAGUGGACGCACUCGGGCGCCCGCCCCGCGGGGCAGACCGUGGCCUUUAGACAGAUUGAAGAAGAGACCAUGGAGGCUCUUACAGCUGAAUACGAAGAGGUGGAUGAUGAUGAGGAUGAUGAGGAGGAGGAGGAAAGUACAGAGGCAGCUAUUGAUGAGCAGCAAUGGAGCGGGGAAGAGCUUGACCUGGACAGCCCCCGAGCUGAACCUUUAGAACAGGCAGAGGGCGUAGACAAGGACCAGGGUCUAGACCUGGGGCCGGGCGAAGCAGCUAGCGCUGCGGCAGAGAGCUCUAUGGACAUAGAGGAGGAAGAGGAGGAUGAUGAGGGUGAGGAGAGCCCUGAGACAGCUGUGAAGAUGGACUCAGAAAAACCUGCGAGUCUGAAAAGUGGUUCCAUGAGCCCAGACAGCAUCGGUUCUGAGAAACAUUCGGAGGAGCUUGUCGAGCCCCAGAGCCAGGGGUUCUUCGCUGGAGAACGAGUUGUACCAGAAAGUCCCACUAUUGAUACACCGUCCUUUAUACCUCCUGCUGUUCAAAAUCAAGCCAAAGAAUCUGCCAAAUCAAUCACCCUUCAGCCUGUUUAUGGUGAGCCCCUCACCGUGUCAGAGAAACAGCCAUCGGUGGAGGUGGUGGAGUUCAGCAGCCUUGGUGGCCCAUCUGAAUUAUCGUCAAUAGGAGCCAUCGUGGAAGGAGGAAGCUUGACCGGUGAUGCAGUGUCAGCAUAUUUUGAAACAUCGGCCACUGACGUUCAUGUCGCUCCCCAAAGCAAAAGCGAGGGUUAUUAUGAACUGAGUAGAGUUGAUGAAGAUAACAAAAGCAGUGAUUCCAAGUCACAGAAGUUGCAGGAUAGUGGUGACAUUCAAAAGGCAGAAGAAACACACCUUGUCUCAGUUUCUGACAAAAGUAAUGACUCCAAGCUUUCUCCAGGUAAACUGGCUUUGGAGCAAAGGAGCUACUCCCUAAAUAUUACUAUCGGCGCAUUGGAUCAAAGUGGUCAGUGCAGAAUGAGGAACUUUUCCCCAUUGGCCACGGAUAUCAUGUCAUACACCAGCGGAAGUCUUGAUGAGACCGCAGACUACCUCCCAAUCACCACUCCCUCCGGAGAGAAGCCACCUCCUUUUCCUCCACUGAUACUGGAAACCGCAGCAUCAAUCACUUCCGAUUCUUCAUCUCCUCCCCGGAUGACCGAAGAAGUCUUAGACCCCAGCCAAGGACCUGAGUCACCGCAGCCAUGCGAGAGAAGCCCUAACAACGCAGUCAUGGCCCAGGACUUGCCUGAGAUGCUCGAUCUUGCCGGGAGUCGCUCCAGGCUGACGUCUGAAGACGCCGAUCCAGAAAUCGUACGGAGAAAGUCAAUUCAAGCGGAUGCUCCUAUUUUUUCGGAUGACACACUGGUGAGCUUUGUCUCAGGUGAACACAGUCCUGGAAUCAAAAAGAGUGACAGUCAGCUGGAAGAGUUGGGCUAUUGUGUGUUUAGUGAAUACUCUGGGCCUAUGCCAUCCCCCGCAGAUUUGAUUAGUCCAACCAAGACUUCUGCACAGAUCUUUACGCCCUCUGUUCUUGUCGAGAAAGUUGCUGAACAAGCCCGGAAACUAGCAGUGCGAGACACGUCUGAGGAAGAUAAGAGCUUGACUCCUGGGGAAGUGGUCAGUGAGGAAAAAGAGAAGGCGGCAAGGAAAGAUUCUGCUGAAGAAGAAGAUAAAAAGGACACAAAUCACCAGCUGAAUGAAUCAUUAUGUAAGGAGGUGAAAAGAUCUGCCCUGCCAGGCGAGUCCUUUGUGACACCGACUGUCACUGUGACUUUAGAAGAAGAUGGCAGCUCGGGAAGUGAGACAGAGCGACAAGCAAGUGCUGAAGGCUCCGCUUCUGAAACUGAGAUCGCUGACUAUGAGCGGCAGAUCCGCAAACUGGAGAUGGAAGACCGGCCUCUCAGUUUGGAGGAGGAACGGGAGCUGCAGGAACUCCGGGAGAAAGUGAAACUGGUGCACCAAGAAGCCUACGAGGAGGUGGAUGCUGAAGAUGUGUACCAGUUGACGGGAGUAGCCAAAGAUCGCAUUGCAAGGCCUGUAAAAACGUCACCCACUUCCUCUGUGGAAAGUAAUAUUGACGACGACAAACUGCUCUCGCCAGUGCUCUCGCCGUCCAAGCUCAAACAAAAAGAACUUUAUGGCUCCCCUAAAAGAUCAGUUUCACCUGUGUUAGCAGCAACCAAAGAUGCAAAAGAGGACUCUGAUAGAAAAAUGAGAGAACAGAAAGAAAAGGAAGCAACUGAAAAGAAAGUAAAGGAUGAGAAACAGGAAGCAGAGAAAAUAAUUGGAGAAGAGACAGAACAGAAGCCGAAUGAAAUCAAAGACAAAGAAGAGUCAGGAAAGAUGAAAAUGGAAGUAAAGGAAACGAACGAAGAGCAGGAAAUUAAACAGAAAGAAGAGAGAGAGAAAGACGAUAAUGAGAUGAAAAAAAGGGAAGAGAGAGAGACGAUUGUGAAAAAAAGGGUAGAAGAAGAGGAAAGGGAGCGGAGAGACAAAGAAGAGGCAGAACCAAUUGAGAAAGAGAGAAAUGAAAAGGAAGAGAGGGAACUAAAACAAAAAAAAGAGAGAGAAAAAGAAGAGAAGGAGUUGAGGGAGCUGAAAGAAAAGGAAGAAAGAGAAAGAAAAGAGGUGGAGGAGAGGGAACUGAAAGAAAAGGAAGAGAAAGCAAGAAAAGAGAAGGAGAGGGAACUGAAAGAAAAGGAAGAGAAAGCGAGAAAAGAGAUGGAGGAGAGAGAACUGAAAGAAAAGGAAGAGAACGCUAGAAAAGAGAAGGAGGAGAGGGAACUGAAAGAAAGGGAAGAGAAAGCCAGAAAAGAGAAGGAGGAAAGGGAACUGAAAGAUCAGGAAGAGAAAGAAAGAAAAGAGAAGGAGGAGAGGGAGCUGAAAGAAAAGGAAGAGAAAGCCAGAAAAGAGAAGGAGGAAAGGGAACUGAAAGAUAAGGAAGAGAAAGAAAGAAAAGAGAAGGAGGAGAGGGAGCUGAAAGAAAAGGAAGAGAAAGCAAGAAAAGAGAAGGAAAUGCUGAAAGAAAAGGAAGAGAAAGCACAGAAGGAGAAAAAGGAGAAGGAGAUUAAAGAAAGAGAAGAGCAGGAAAAGAUCGAGAGAGAAAGGAACGAGAAAGAAGAACGAGAAGAGAAAGGAAAGAAGGAGGCAGAAGAGAAGCAAAGAAAAGAAAGGGAGGAGAAAGAGUUGAAGGCAAAGGAGGAGAAAGUCCAACAGGAGCACAAAAAGGCUGAAGAGAUAAAGGCAGUGGCUAACCAGGAAGGUGAAGAUGAGGACUUAGCGAGAGGAACUGAGGUCACGGAGACUUGUGCUGCCAUCGAGUCUGUGGUCACCGUAGAAGACGACUUCAUCACUGUGGUCCAGACCAUCGAUGAAGCAGAAGAACCGGGUCACAGCGUUCGUUUCUCUGGUCCACCUGAAGCUGAAGUCCUUUGUAUCCCUGGUGGGGAAGAGGAAGAGGAACAGGAAGGAGAAGACCAGGAAGAAGAGGAGGAGUCAGUGGAGUUGGUCCAAGAGGCCGACGUCGAGGCUGCAAGCUUUGAAGAAGUUUGUGAAAUUCCUGACAACCUCGGAUCUCCAGGCCGGGAAGCUCCGACUGAAGGUCUGACAGAAAGUUAUGACAAGGAUGAAACCACCAUGGACGACUCCAUCUUGGACAGUUCCUGGGUGGACGCACAAGAUGAUGAGAAGAGCAUGGCUACAGAGCAAAUGGAGUCCUUGCCAGAGGGCCGUGUCCAACAGACUGCGGUCCAGACUCAGCAGACGGAGCAGAAGAGGACAGAGAAGCCAGUCAAGCCCAGAGCCAAAGCAGGGCGGGUCAAAGGCAGAAUCGCCACUCCCGAACGCAAGCCUCUUCGCAAGGAGCCCGUUUACACGUCCAGAGAGGAGGCCAAGAAGAAGAAAGCCGUGGCAAAGAAGAGCGAGCUCGCCAAAAAAGCGGAGUCCCCGUCGAAGAGGAGCGGUCCGAAACCGGCUAUCCGCCAAACCCGGCCCACCCAGCAUCAUUCGGUUCCCAGAAGGAGACUCGCAGAAGCACUUUCAGAUGGUCGUCAGCCGCUCUCGGUUGCUCGCCGGUCCUGCGACAGAGCCUUGGACGGUCGAUCCCGCAGCCCCGACAAGACGAGCUCCACGCCGAGGCUUGCCACUUCUCUCAGUCGCCGUGGUUACCAUGAGCAUGAGGACAGUUCAACCUCCAUCACCAGUUCCGGUUCAACGGCUCCUCGCAGACCCAUGUCAUGCCGUGCUGCCAUGCGGGCAGAGUACAGGACGGGUCGAGCUGCCAGCAUGACAGUGUCAGAGCCCGUGCGCUCCCGUUCAGCCCGCAGUGGCCACUCCACGCCCCGUACACCGGGCUCCAGCGCCGUCAACCCGGGGACGCCUCCCAGCUACUCCUCGUCCUCCCGGACCCCGGGGACCCCUCGGUCCCUCAGCCGGAUUUCCCAAGAGAGGAGGGUGGCGGUGGUGCGCACCCCGCCCAAGUCGCCCGCCACCACGCCCAAGCAGCUUCGCAUCAUCAACCAACCUCUUCCUGACUUCAAGCGGGUCAAGUCCAAGGUUGGGUCCAUAGACAACAUCAAGUACCAGCCCAAAGGUGGACAGAAGCGCAUCAUGGCAGCUGAGGCCAAACACGAGGCCUCGUUUUGGAUCUGGAACUCGGUGCUCCGGAUCAUCUCCUUUACUUUGUGUCUGUCAGCGACUCCCAACAUGACCUGGACCCAAGGCCUGCUGAAUCUUAUUUUAAACACGCGUCUGGACUUCAGGUCCUUGCAGUCCAAAUGCCGCUCCAAGGAUCACGUGAAGCAACCUCCCCCUGGAGGCAACGUCCUCAUCCCCAGUGUUAGGCUGGACUUUAGCCACGUUCAGUCCAGGUGCGGCUCCUUGGACAGGCGGGGCUACUCAGCAGGAGGUGGAAAUGUGCAAAUCCAGAACAAGAAGAUCGACCUGAGUCAUGUGACGUCUAAGUGCGGCUCUCUCGACAACAUCCACCAUCGUCCAGGAGGCGGCAAUGUUCGCAUCGAGACUGUGAAACUGGACUUCAAAGACAAAGCCCAAGCCAAGGUGGGCUCUUUGGACAAUGCUCACCACACUCCUGGAGGAGGCCGUUUUACAAUCGAGAGCCACAGGCUGACCUUCCGCGACCACGCCAAGGCGCGGGUGGACCACGGGGCCGAGAUCCUGGUUCGGUCCCGCUCCAUGUCGCCCCAGCGCCAGCGGGACAGCCACCUGUCCUCGGCCGGCAGCAGUCUCAACCUGGCGGAGUCGCCGCAGUUGGCGACCUUAGCCGAGGACGUUAGCGCCGCUCUGGCCAAGCAGGGUUUGUGAGGACGCGUCACGGAACUUUCCCCCGCCUUCACGGAUUGACUCCGCCUCUCCUAAAGAACUCUUUAUUUCCCGCCUGUCGCUUCUCGAGUCCACUUCGAGACCUCUUCGCUUAGACUAGUCGGCUUCUGGUCCUAGGUCCUGUUAAAGUUAAGUGUACAUAGAGGACAUUAUUGCAGGGGGGCGGGGCUUAUUCCACCUUACUGAUCCUGGUCCUGUUUCAGACCAGCUCCAUCAGGGGUGUCCAAACUUUGGCCUGAAUAAUCAAAACAUCCAUCCAUUUUCUACCGCCUUGUCCCUUUCAUGCGGAAGCCAUUUUUAUAGUUGUAGUUUUCAAACUAUUCCAAUAUUUAUUUAUUUUUUUUUCAUACAUUUAGGGGACCCAGUCAUAACAUUAAAAAAAUAUGCCAUUUUUUAUUAUUAUUAUACCGGUAAUUUUAUUCAACACUUAAACAUUUUUAUUAUUUUUUUGUUUUUAUGUUUUGUGCCCUUUCUUUGUCAAAACCCAGUUUUUUAUGGCAUAAACACAAAGUGUGCACAUAUCGCCUAAAUUUUUUUUAUUUUUAAAAAGCUUGAUGUGAAACAAUUGGAGUCUUAAGUAGGUCAAUAACUAAUACUAUUUAUUUUAAUUCACUUUUAUUUUUGGAGGAAUGUUAGUUUAAAAAAAAAUCACACUAAAAUGUUUAGGGAUCCACGCAAGUCUUUUAAACAUUUUAAAACAUUUUAUUUUUACUUUUAAUGCUUAAAUAUCGAGAUAACUUUUUAUUUUGGUAAUGUUGUUUUUUUGUUUUAUGGUCUUUUUUCAUAAACUUUUUGUUUUUUAUGGCAAAAACAUUUUUUUUAUUUUUUUUAACGCUUAAAUCUCCCGAUCAAAUUCAGAUAAAACUAUUUUUAUGGCAAAAACACAAAAAAAAACAAUAUUUUCCCCAAACAAUAUUUCAAAAUGGAAAAUUUGAAUAUUUUUUUUGAGGAAUAUUAUCUUAAAAAAAAAAAAAAAAUCACACUAAAAUUUUUAGGGAGCCACACAAGUCUUUUAGACAUUUUAAAACAUUUUAUUUUGU